AUGAAGGAAUAUCGCCAUAUUCAUAUAGGAUUGGUGAUUGCAGAUGUAACUGGUGAGGUCGUAGCUUGUGAGACAAUGAUCAGUCUUCUAAACAACAAUGGAAAACCGAAGAGACGGAUGCAAAUUGAGAUACAAGACUUGGAGGGGAUUAAAAUCCAAGUUACUUUGUGGGAUACGUUCGCUCAGGAAUUCAGUGAUUAUGUUUCUAAUCACAAGGACAAUGGGGUUGUUAUUGUUGUAAUUCAAUUUGCAAUGGUGAAUAUUUACCGAGAUUUUCUAGAUAAAACCAGUAAAGCAAAUAUUGUUGAAAUUAGUGAAACUGUUGAGACGAAAUUACUAAUUAUAUUAGGAACAAUUAAAGCGUUUAGAAAAGACAUUCCUUGGUUUUACAUGGGUUGCAAAAGGUGUAACAAAAAGGUCCGACCCACGUACACUAUAACAGACAAAGAUGAUAGAUCAGGUAUGGUUGAAGAAAAGGAAAAUUUUGAAUGUACUUCUGAUAGAUGUAGAGGGCAAAAGACUGAUGUUCUGUCAAAAUUCAUAAUUCCUUUGAGAGUUAAAGAUGAUACUGGAAUUGUAUCAUUGACAUUGUUUGAUCGAGAAGCUAACAAGGUUUUGAAUCAAUCUGCAACAAAAUUAUAUGAAAAAAUUAAAGAGCAUGGUGAUUUGGAUGUUUUGCUUGAUCGAAAAUUUGCAAUAAAGAUCGAACCUGCUGAAUUUGAAUUUGUAAAUGUUCAUUCAACAGAUUUCAGUUCUCAAGAGAAGUUAAAGGAUGUUGUGUCAUGUACUGGUGAGAAUGCAACACUCUCCGAUGUGGAUAAGAGCACAACAAAUAGUCUGGAAUCACAAGGGAAGUUGUAUGAGAAAAGGCUUGGUAAAAGUAUUGAUAGUAAACGUGAUUUUGAAGGUACUUAUGAUGCCGAUCAUGAAGGGAAACGAUCGGCAACCAAAACUCUAAAAAUUCCAAAACUUGAAAAGUGA